CCAAUUUUAACAGUCUACAAGCAAGCAUAAAUUUUUGAAAUAUAUGUUUUAUUUUAUUGUUUUAUAUAUUUUUUUUAUAAAUUUUAGUACAGCCCUAAAAGUUUGAAAACGUGGUUAUAAAAUUUUUUUUGCAACCCUAGCCGCCACAUUUAUUCGCGAAUUUCGGCAGUCGUUUCGUGCUCGUGCCCCGGCAACAUAUUAGAUUUCUGUUUCUUGUUGGUUGGUAAAUGCGGCAUACUGAUACAUUGACAUUCAAUAUGGAAGCUACGCUUGAUCAGAUCAUAUCCGAAUUGUUAUGCACGGAUACGGAACGGAUUCGUCAGGCCACCAUUGAAUUGGGCAAGGCCCAUGAAAAUCCCGAUACUCUGCCGGCACUAUGCCGCAUGGUUGUGUCGCAACGCGAGCCGCAAGUGCGCCAAUUUGCCGCUGUGCUGCUAAACAAGCGUCUGCAGAAGCUGCGCCAUUGGCAGAUGGUGCCAGCCGAUCAAAAGGAAAGCAUCAAGUCUGGCAUGUUGCAGGCACUGAUCAAUGAGAAAGAGAAGUCGGUGAAGAACUCAAUUGCCAUGCUGCUGGGCUCGUUGGUGCGUCACGAGCAGGAGAAGAAGGACUCGUGGUUGAACGAACUGUUGACCUUCAUCUACACCCGCUGUUGUUCCGAGGAUCCCACAGAGAGUGAGCUGGGCUCAUCGAUCUUUGCCACACUCACCGAUGCGGCACCAGAUCAGUUUGUCUAUCACAUGGAAUCGAUAUGUGAAAUGUUCGCCAGAGUGCUUUUAGCUGCAGAGGCUAAAGGCAAUCUAGCCACGCCCACCAUUGUCAACAUUACCAUGGGCAUGUGUGCUUUGAUGCCAUUUGUGAGCGGACACACGAGUGCCGAGCAAACGGUGACAAAGGUGCUGCCGCUAUUGAUCAAGGCGGCCUAUGCCUUCGCCCACAAGGGCGAUGAACAAGAGUUCUCCGUUGUGUUUGAUGUGGUGGACAGCAUUGCAGAAUAUGCGCCAAAGUUGUUGAACAACAAUGUGAAACAAUUGGUUGAGUUUUGUCUGGAGACGGCAAACAAUAAGCAAAUCGAUGAAUCUAUUCGCAUUCAAGUGAUUACAUUUGUGGGACGCAUUGUGCGUAUCAAGAAGAAGGUCAUUGUCAAGCAAAAGUUGCUCGAGCCCAUUCUAGGCGUCAUCUUUGAGAUGAUGUGCUGCGAAACCGAAGUUGAUACAGAGGAAGAAGUCUUUAUGGGCGACAGCAACAAUCCAGUAGCAGCUUCAACCCAGACACUUGACUUAUUGGCAUUGCACAUCUCUCCCGAGAAGUUGAUUCCACCAUUGCUGCAACUGCUGGAGCCUGCUCUGCAGAAUCCAGAUCAUUUGCGACGUCGUGCCGCCUUCUUGUGUAUCGCUGUCAUUGCCGAAGGUUGCACCGAGGCCAUUUGCAACAAGUAUAUGCAAGUGAUGCUGAACAUUAUCAAGAGCGGCAUUGUUGAUGCUUCACCUUUGGUGCGCAUUGCAGCGUUCUUCGCACUCGGUCAGUUCUCCGAGCAUUUGCAACCGGAAAUCUCAAAGUACGCCAGCGAAAUUUUGCCCGUGCUUUUUGAUUUUCUGCAUCAGUUGGUGGGCGAACUAAAGAUGGGAAAUCCCGAACCCAAGCACACGGAUCGCAUGUUCUAUGCUUUGGAGACCUACUGUCAGAACUUGGAAGAAAACAUUGUGCCACAUUUGCCAGCGUUGAUGGAACGUCUCUUUGAAACAUUGGAGCCGCAGAAUUCGCCACAUCUUCGUGGCAUGGCACUUACAACUGUCUCCUCGGUGGCCACUGCGGCCAAGGAGCAUUUGAUGCCGUAUUUGCCAAAGAUCAUCGAGAUACUGCAAGUAUAUCUGGUAAAAGAUUGCCCCGAAGAGAUCUUUGAGCUGCGCAUUGGAGCAAUUGAUACAUUAGCUGCCAUCACGCGUGUCGUGGGUAAGGAGAACAUUAUUCCGCUCGCCAACGAUACGAUGGCUUAUUGCCUCACAAUGUUGGAUGAGGGACCCGAUGAUCCAGACUUCAGACGCAGCGUUUACAAUCUGAUGGGUGCCUUGUCUAAUGUGGUGAAUGAGAGCAUGGCAACGGUGUUCCCCAAAAUUAUGGAUCGCAUCAUUGAAACCGUCAUAUCAACAAACGACAUACUGCCCGUUUCAAAGGACGAUCCCACACCUGAGGCUUUUGCUGAUGUGGCUGCCAUUGAUCAGGAAAUCGAUCUCGCCAAUACAGAUGAUGAGGAUGACGACGAUGAGGAUGUUGCCUAUCAUGUGGAGAAUGACUUUGUGUAUGAGAAAGAAGAGGCUAUUGGCACACUGAAGGAAUUCGCCGCCAACACUGGAGCUGCAUUCGCUCCCUAUCUGCAGACGGCCUUUGAGAAUGUUUACAAGGUCGUGGAACAUCCACAGGAUAACAUUCGCAAGGUGGCCAUCGAGGCACUCUGUGCCUUUGUCACUGCUCUGCACAAAUUGGGUGAUGGUGAUGGCGUGAAGCGUGCCAGCUCGAUUAUAUUGCCCAAGUUUGUUCAAAUCGUGCGCAACGAUGAUGAGCAGACCGUUGUCAUUCAUCUGCUUGACGUAUUGGGAGAUCUGUUCAGUGAAGUGAACGUUAUGGCAAUACCGAGCCAAGAAAUAGCUGAUCAAAUCUUUGCUUGCAUCAAAGAUGUGCUCAACAAUAAAUUGGCUUGCCAGUUUAACGAGCCAAGCGGCGGCGGUGACGAAGAUGAUAUUGAGGACAGUGAAUUCGACGAGAUGCUGAUUGAAAAUGCUGGCAAUUUGUUGCCACAGUUUGGUAAAACAUUGAAACCAGACAUAUUCUCGAUGUACUUUGGACGCCUCUUUCCUUUCUUUUUGAGCAAGCUGAACAAGGCAAAGAAAAACGAUGUGGCUGACCAUCGCACUAUGGUUUAUGGCAUUUUGGCUGAAUCUUUCCAAUCGUUGGGCAAUUGUGUGCCCACUUAUUUUGAUACCGUAUGCCCCAUGUUCAUCGCUGGUGUCCACGAUACCGAGCCCAAGGCACGCCAGAAUUGUUAUUACGGAUUGGGCGAACUUGUUUUGCAUGGCGAGGAGAAAUCAUUUGAAUCCUUCCCAGCCAUUUUACAAGCACUUUCUGGCGCCAUUGCCUCGGAAAAGAACCCUUCAGCGCUGGAUAAUAUUUGCGGAGCCGUGGGUCGCAUGAUUGUUACCAAUCACAAUCUUGUACCGAUCCAGCAAGUGCUACCCGUAUUCCUUUCUAAUUUGCCGCUGCGCGAAGAUAUGGACGAACUUGAGAUGGUGAUCAGAGCCCUCGAAGUUUUGUACAUGCAGGCACGUCCUACUCUUGUGGAUUACCUUGAGCAAAUUAUGGUAAUCCUUAUUGAUGUCUUGUACAAAAACCAAAUUGCUGAAGAGGAAAAGAAAGUGAGGGCAGUUGCCUUCCUGAAGGAUAUUAGCACUCAAUAUCCCGAUAAAUACAAUAACGUAGCGAAUUCCAGUCCCGAGGUUGUUAGUUUUUUGCAGACCCUUUAAAUGCGCAUCAUCAUCAUCAUUACCAUCUAGCUAGGACAGAUGCUACAACGAUCUACAAGCAGCUACAACAGGAGGAGCAUAAUUUAUUUGAACUAACUUUUGAGGCACAAGCAAAGCUUGCUAAUUCCAACCUCUUUUUUUAUUAGCAAACCGAAUGGUUUCCUUAUGAAGUUACAUUCUUUUAUUGGAAAUUUCUAGUGAAUAAAAUGAAAUAAAUAUACACGUAAAACAUGA